AAAGAAAAUCUAGGCGCAGAGAAAGCUCCAAAUCGGGGAAAGGAGAAGAAGGUUGAGAGAACUGGGUAGGCAAACAACAAUUUUUCCCCUGUCGCAGCAAGCUUCUUUUCCUCAAUGAGGCGGUCUGGUGGGGGUGGUGUCGGAUUCUGUUCCUUGGUCGAAUCCUUUCCUUUUGAUUUAUUGUUUUGUCAUCCUUGUUUCUGUCGUGGAUCUAGAGAAGGCAUAGCUUGGUUCCUGCUUUGAUUUUGAUUUGUUUAUGUGAUUCUAAGCUGCUGUUGAAGCUCGGUUAUAUUCCCAUUCGGCACAUCUUUUUGGAUGUUUCUUCCUAGCCGUCAUAGGUGCUGCAGCUAAACCUAAUUAGAAAUGAAGUUAAUGGGAGUUUUAAGUGGAGCUUGCCGAACUUGUUCUUCUGUACAUAAUCUACCUCCUGUAGUAUUAAAAGCUUAGCUACUUUAUGGUACAAAUUAUGUUUUGCUCUGUCAUUUUUUUCUUCUACUUUUGUUUGAGGAGAUUCUAUUCUUUUUAAGAGAAGGCAAGCAAUGCAUUUGUGAAACUAUGUAAGAAGGUGUUAUUCUUGAGUUCUAUCUCUCUCUCCUCAAAUCAAAAACCCCAAAAAAAUCAUACUGUUUACUUUGGCUUUCUUGUUUGGCCCUACUAACUCAUUUUCUUACAAGGUUCUAUGAAAUAAACGAAUCUUCAUAAAGGUAAUGUCUGGUU